AUGGCUGCUGACGAAACCACUGAUGGUGACGACGAGGCAAGUCAUCAACUCCAAAAAUCACCCCCUCGAACGGGCCUCAGCUUUCUACGAACCCUCGGUAAGAAGCUGUCAGAUCCGGUUCCCGUAGUUGCAUCUACCGAGGAUGAAACCCGCGUGGAUGAAUCGGGGCGUGACCUGCGCUCACCUGAAGUUUGCACUACCACGGCGGAACCUUCACCUCCAGAAUCGACGGCUCCUGAAACGGAGAUAGGCGAUGCGGCUGGCGACUCUGCGAACAAGAAGCGCAAAGAGUCAAGAGGUGGCAGUGCUACGCAGUGGUGGCGACAACCGAAGCCCUCUCUGAAGCGGGCGGCACUUCCAAUCCGACGAGUGGAGGACGAGGGGAGUGAUGACGAGGAGGAUGAAGACGGCCUGCCGACUGUCGAAGAGAUGGCCCGUUACCCCGAAGUCGCUUUCGCUAAAGCGCAUAAGCGAUUUAAGACGUCAUGGGAAUCUUUGUUUCCGUGGCUAAUUUUAACUCGUGAUGACAUUGGCUUCCCCAUUUUGAGAUGCAGCACGUGCUUGGAACAUGGAGCUGAAGGCGCGAAAACGGCUUAUGGUAAGGGAGGCAGUGGAGGGCGUGACAUGCAGAAGGGGAGCAUCCGGACGCACCAGCGCUCCACCGCACAUCAGGACUCACACGCCGAGAUGAAGUCGAAGGAGAGCCAGAAGCUUCGUCAAACGCUGCUGAGCGAGUUCGAGGGGUUGGAGCGCAGCACGCUGCACAUCAUCACCGCUCUCAAGACUACUGUGCACAUCUGCAAAUCGGAGGCGCCAAUCACCUCCUACGUGGGCACCAUCAAGUUCAUGGCCGAGCUCGAAGUCCCGAACCUUCCCUUGGAUUCCAAGGGAAACUACUUUUCCGAGUAA